ACACCUUAGGCACUCAUGAACAUCAAGCUCAUGAGACUAGCAAAUUAUUUUUGGUACGGUAGCGUCGGGUUUGUCGUACCAACACAACGUUCCUAUGGUACCUACUUCAAAAGAACGCGUUCGCUAACGCCAUAUAAGAGGUCCGUGCGUACAUAUUAUGGAUACGUUUCAGUUUCUCACUCAAUGGCCUACCAAAAUCCAAAAUCGGCCCUCCAAAUGGUGGAGUCGGCUCGAGCUGCCUUUCAGACCGGCGCCACCAAAGACGUCAACUUUCGCAUGAAGCAACUGAAACAGCUCCUACGGAUGUACGAGGAAAACAACACGCGCAUCGUCGAAGCACUCGCGUCCGACUUGAGAAAAAGUAGACAAGAAGUCGAAGUUAUCGAAAUCGAACUUCUCGUGCACGAUUUGAAGAACACAAUCGACAGCUUGCACGAAUGGGUGAAGCCGGAACGUCCUCCCAGAUCCUUCGCAAACUGGUUGGACAAAACGUACCUGUUUAACGAGCCGUACGGUGUUGUCCUAGUAAUCGGUGCCUGGAAUUAUCCCCUACUGCUUACGUUAUUGCCGUUGGCGGGUGCGAUUGCGGCCGGUAAUUGCGUGAUUAUCAAACCAUCAGAGGUGACACCUGCAAGUGCGAAGUUUAUGCAGGAGGCAAUACCGAAAUAUCUUGACAAUGAAUGCUACCAGGUGUACACGGGCGGUCCGUCCGAAACCACCGAGUUAUUGCAGGAGAAAUUCGACUACAUCUUCUUUACGGGUUCGACGCAUGUUGGCAGGCUGAUUCACGCUGCGGCCAACAAGCAUCUGACGCCAGUCACCUUGGAACUUGGAGGCAAAAGUCCCGUUUACAUUGACAAUACUGCCGACAUUGACGUCGUCGCGCACCGCGUGGUGUGGGGAAAAUGGAUCAACGCUGGUCAGACGUGUAUCGCGCCCGACUACAUCCUCUGCAACAAGGAGGUGGAGGCAAAGUUUCUCAAGGCGGCCGAUAACGUUUUGAAAAAAUUCUACAAGACAAACCCCAAGGAUUCGCCCGAUUUGUGUCGUAUUGUCAAUGAUAAGAAUUUCCAAAGAUUAUCGGGUUUCCUGAAGGGCGCCAAUAUCGCUUUGGGCGGGGAAACGGAUGCCAAAGAGAGAUUCAUUGGAUUAACUGUGCUGGUCGACGUGAAGGAUAACGACCCGGUCAUGGAAGAAGAGAUCUUCGGCCCGAUCCUCCCAAUUGUUAACGUUACUAAUGCGUAUGAUGCGUUAAAUUAUAUUAACAAGCGUGACAAACCCUUGGCCAUGUACAUUUUUUCCAAUAACAAACGGGAUGUCCGCCUGUUUUUGGAUAACACCUCCAGCGGUGGAGUCUGCGUUAACGAUACGGCAAUGCACUUCACUGUUUGUGCCUUGCCGUUCGGUGGGGUGGGUGCAAGUGGAAUGGGACGCUAUCAUGGGAAGUAUACGUUCGAUACAUUCAGUCACAAGAAGAGCUGUCUAUAUAAGAGUUUGGGUGGCGUGGGAGAAAAAUUGGCUUCUGGUCGUUAUCCGCCCUACUCCCAAUCAAAAACAAGUGCGUUACGUAUGCUACUCAAGUACCGCAAAGGAAUUAGUUUAAGAUAUUUACCUCAUCUUACCAUGUUUGUGCUAGGGUUGAUUGCCAGUUGUGGUUUUAAGUAUUUUGCAAACACUUUAUUUCUGAAUAAAAAUGCUUGAGAGAAAUUUGGGUGAUAAAUUGCCAUGAAUGGUGAAGGUGAAAUAUGCAUAUUUUGCGAUGGACUGGUAUACGCAGUAUUUUUGUUUAUUAUAAUUGCUUUUUUUAUAACUAUUAUUAUAAUAAAAUGUUACUAGAUCAA